AAAACCGGCACUUGGGUGAAGCCAAUGUUCAACUUGUGACGCGCCGUUGGAGUGCCUUGUUCUCUUCCAUUUUGGCGCUUUUGUUUCAAAUUCCGGAGGCUCGUUGAAUGCCUGGAGAGCGAGCGAUUAGUUGAAAGCCAUGGAAAUGGAUGGUCCGCUAGACUUCGAGUCGGAAGACCCACUUCUCAGUUCCCCUGUUUCUCUCAAGAAGAGGAAAAAGAUUAUCGGGUUAGAUGAUCUUCUCACUGAUCAUUACAAGGAUAAAUGCAAACUCGUUGAGAAAGAAUCUAAACAGGCAAAGAAGAAAAAGAAGUAUGAUUCAGAUGAUGAGGAUUUUGGCAAAGAGGCUGUGGUGUCCCAAGUUGUUGAUGAAUGCCAAAAUAAGAUGAAUCAAUUGGGAGGUGAGGAAGAUACAUCCAUAUGGGGCUUAAACGUUUUCAGAGAACAGAAACCCCCACCAGCAUUACAAAGUCCUGAACUCAAAAAUUGCUACCUUUUGCAAGCAUUCCUGAAUAAUGAAGUUAACUCUUUGGUGAAUCUCACCGUGGAGAAAGGUGAAGCUUUCCUUGAAGGUUUACUGGUAAAUGGUUGGCUUUCAACGCUCGUUUCUGUGACGAAUCGUGUAGAAAAACCUCUUGCCAUAUGGACUUUCAAUUUAAUGUUAUAUUCAUCAAGAGAAGAACUAAGUACAUCUGCUUGUGAUUUCUGGAGGGAUAUCAUGUUAACAACAAAUAAGGUAAAUCAACAGCAUCUCCGAAUCGAGUGGUUUCCAACCUAUGCUCAGUUAGGAGAAGCUCUUGAGACUUAUGGAUAUAGAUUUGAAUGCUCAUUGAAACCUGGAUUUGUUCACAAUGGCUCUGGACGUGGAGGGCCACCGCAGAAUAUAAGGGCUUGGAUCAAAUUUGUUACUGUUUGUUGUCAAACCAAGAUGAAAAAGUAUAUAUUUACAUCCUCUGAAGUCGAGCGGCUAGCUGAAGCCAUUCUUUGUUUAUUUCUAGACCGCCAGUUUCGAGGGGUAACCGUGCUCUUGUGUGAAUGCCUGCAAUCGCUCGUCCAUUACUUCACGGAUGAAGAUUGGAAGGCAUGUUGUGACAAUAUAGCCAAAGCUCUUGUCUCCAGAAUUCCAAUGGAUCUAAACUGUUUGCGAGCUGUGGAAUGCAUUUCUGGAGUUGAUCAGCGCAGUAAAUAUCUGAGGAGUACAGUUGCCUAUCAAAUUCUUCUUAUUUUCUUUGAAAAUGAGGGUACUAAUGAAGAAGAGGUUUUGAGAGUACUUACCUCCAUGACUGUGAAAGACAGAAGUUGUGACCUAUUUAAGCUGUAUAUUUACUUGGUGUUGACGGAGAACUGGCUCGUCGGUAGUCGAAUGUUAGACGGGAAGCCGUUAAUAUGCGAAAUGUGGGGUUUGUUUCUCAGAAAAUGCUCGUGCCAAAUCGCGAGUACGGAUUUGAGGUCGUAUGCAUCAAAGGUUCGUAACAAAGCUUCAUAUAUCUUGCAAAGCUGUUUUGAGGAAUAGAGUUUGAUGGGUAGGUGUUCUGAGUAUCAUCUCUGGCUCUGCUUUUGCUUGCUGACUGACAUGAACUGCUAAGAACUUAUGAACAGGUCCAAUUAGUUUAGAUUGUACAGCCUACAGAAUGCUCUUUUUGUCCCUUUUUCCACUUAAAAUAUCCACUUCAUUAA